ACUUCCUUGGCAACCAGAAGCUUUCCCUCCUGGCGUCUGUUAUAGUCAACAUUAGUUAGCAUUAACGCAAACUAUUUUCGAAAUAGAAAUCUGAAUUAAAUCGUAUGAACGCAGUUUAUCUCAUUAUGCGACUUUGUAUACACGUUCCCGCAGUUGUGACAAGAAAUGUGACAAUAUUCUGUUGGAAAUGACUGUUACGUUAGCAUUAGCUUGCUAACCUGGCGCUAAUCAACAGUAAGCGGUAGCUAGCGGCAAUCCGCCACGAAGAGGUAAAUACAUGUGUUUUCCACUGCGUAUGUGACAGUUUUGACGGGAUGAAGCCACACAGUUGGUGCCGUUCAAUUCAGAUGCUGGUUGUCUUGUGUGGGCGUUUGACCCAGGCUGCCACAGAGGCAGGGUUCACCUCAGAAAACCCUUUAACUAUCAACACCAGCCCGACACCCAGGGAGCCUCUCAGCCCCGCACCCGGGGAGCCUCUCAGCCCGACGUCUCCUGCCCCCGGGACUGAGACAGAGGAGCCGGCGGCCAGCCCUAACCCCGAAUCCACCGCAACAGCAGCCCUGACUCAGUCUGCAGCUCCAACUGUGGUGACUGGUGCUCCCUUCUCUACUACUGUGAUGACCGAGGCUCCCUCCUCUCCUGCUGCGGUGACCGAGGCUCCCUCCUCUCCCACUGACAGGCCUGUGGUGCUUCCAGAUGUGUGUCUUUGUGAUUUGACUCCAGAUUUCUGUGACAUCGGCUGUUGUUGUGACAUAGCUGAUUGUGGUGUUGCUGACUUGAGGACAAUCUUCACCGGAUGUCCAGAGCAAGCCAUAUCAGGAGUUUGCAUCGAGAAAUGGCUGAUGUUCAAAGCCAAUGUGGAUCCAUCUCUUGUCACUGUCACUGACUCCUUGUUCUGCGUCCGGCCCGAAGAUAAUGCUACAGCACCCCGGCCUCUCCCAGCUCUACGUCAGUAUCCAGCUUUGGGGGAUUCGUACCACUUCUCACCUCCCGGAUCUAAAACCAGUAGCCUCCACACCAGAGAUUUCUACAGGGCUGAUGAUGUUAUCCAGACGUAUUUCUCCGAGUCAUCUGUACGGGGUCUCCUUCGUCAGCCUUCUCCAGGCACCGCCACUGCAUUUUGUGUCAGCCGCAACCCCGCCAAGUUCCUGAGGUCCGUGUCUUCAUCUUGUACCCGCACAGUAACUCCCCAGUCCUGCACCACAGACCCAAGUCUCAGCGCCCGCUCCUACUUCUCUGACCUAAAUCUGAUCAAGCGCCCAGUAGCGGAGACGGCGCCAGUGACAGAUCUGCUGAUCCCAGUCAGUCCUCUCUCUGAAUGGCCUGCACCGAGUGAACAAAACAACUCCUGCGUCAAUGUGGUGAAAAAGGUGGAGUUCAUCAUAAAAUACACAGGAAGAGGGGAGCUGAUGCAUGCAACAGUGAACGUGGUCUUAGCUGAUGUGGAUCCAAAUCAGAUGCUGCUACAGGAGCAUUCUGUAAAAUUCCAGUUAGCAACACCCAGCCCUACACAGGGACCAAUCCCUGCAGUCGGGCUGAAAGUGGGAUCUCCUGUCAUUGGUCACUUUGAUGAAGCAGUGGAGCCACUGACUGUUUUGGGGGUGUCACAGGGUGGGGAGUGUUCAUCUAACCACAACACCCGACCACCCAUCCUCUUCACACACAACACCUUCACUGGCUGCACAUUCAGGUCCCCGUCCCAGAACUGCUCUGCCCUGCGCCUCCAAGCCUAUGGGAUCUUGCAGGGAGUCUCCACUCCUGACCUGAUAGCUAUGAACUCAGGCUCUGAACCAGACUGGACUAGAGUCAUCACCCAGAAGUGCUCUGUCAGCUCGCAGGAAACUUGUCAGUCAGGCUGCGUCCUCCCCCACUCCCUCACCGUCCACGUGCUGUGGGCUCAGCUGGGACUGCGGGACCUGCCCCAGAACUACAUCCUGGGGGCCAAAUACCUUUUCCACUGUCACAAGGUCAAGUGUCCAAUCUCGUCCACGCUUGCCCUCACCACUGAGGUGAAGUUUGUUGACACUACAGUUUACCCAGAACCCCCCAGGGGUUUGCCGCAGCCUGACUGGAAGUUUCCCUUUGGUUUCUUCACCAGAGGAGCUGCUGAGCUGGACGGGCACAUUGUUAGUAACAGUGUCGACAGCGUUGGCAAGGUCACGUGGAGCGCCCUGCUGCUCACAGCGCUGAUGUUAACAGGAUUAGAAUUCCUCACCAGGUAGUCGGCUGGGUAACCAAGGAGCUUUUUGUAUAUUUUGAGAACUGUUCCCUGAAAUCUGAGGACUUGGAUAUUGUAGAAAAUAGUUGGACCAGAAUUGAUUCCUACAUGGUUUAUUUGAGGUUUAUUGCACUAUUUAGCUAUUUAAUUGUAUGCAAAAGAAAUGAAAAGGGAACAUAUUUUCCUAAAAUAACUUUAUUUCAUUUUUGUACAUUUUCAGAAAUACAGAGUUUUUUACAAACCGUUUUAAA